UGCUAUAUAAACUAAGGGACACGCAUUGGGCUGGGUUUUGCAAAUAGUGGAAAAGGUGUGGCCGUGGCUGUUGAUUACUUUGAGGAACGGGGUAAACGUCAGUCAGAGAGAGGAGCAAGUGAGCGGAGAGGCAGACGAAAUCAGAGCGCUGAAGGAAUUUGUUGAAAUUUCAAGGUUUGACAGAGUCCCUCUCUAGGCAGUGAGACCACUUUGACUAUGAUGAAUAACCAGGUAACUAGUCCCAGCUACGACAACGCAGGUUUUCAGCACAAUGAAAAAAGACCCCCAGCAUUUGCCCCUCAGCAGCAAAUUUACCCUUACCUACCUCAGCAGACCCCCAGCCAUGUUAUGGUCAACACCCACCAGACUUCACCUCCUGGAGCACCACAUUCUAUAAGACCGAACAAAAGACCAAAGAAAACCCACUGUAAAUGCAUCGCGUGUGUGUCUGCGUGUGUGAUUCUUAUCUUGGCAGUGGCCGCCCUCUUGCUCUGGUACUUCUUGUACUACCAGUGUGUGCUGGGAAAGUCAUGUGGACCUGGUGGGGAGUGUCUGAGCCCCUCCCAGUGGUGUGAUGGCAUCAGGGACUGUUCCAAUGCAGAGGAUGAAUCCCAGUGUUUUCACCUCCAUGGGACCAACUCCAUGCUGCAGAGCUACUCAGCAGACAGCCAGGCCUGGUUGCCUGUCUGUGCUGAGAACUGGGAUGACAACUAUGGGAGAGCUGCAUGUGAGCUGAUAGGCUACAGGAGGUACGAUUAUGUGACCUACAGCCAAGUCAGUGCUGGUUCUUUGGCCUCUAAAGGAUACAUGAAGCUGAAGCCUGGAAGUAGCUCUAUUUCACCAAUACAGGACCAGUUCAUUUACAGCUCAUAUUGCUCAGCCGAAGCUGUCAAACUUCAAUGUAUUGAAUGUGGCAAGAGUUCAGCAGCUCCCAGCUCUCGUAUCGUUGGUGGCACUGAUGCUGUAAAUGGAGCCUGGCCGUGGCAGGUCAGUCUCCAGAUUAAUGGCCAACAUGUCUGUGGAGGCUCCAUUAUUAGCCCAUACUGGAUCCUGUCUGCUGCACACUGCUUCCAGGAGUACUCCAGUCCUAGUAUGUGGAGAGUACAUUCUGGUGAUGUUAAGUUGUCUCAGAUGUUUUUUGGUGGCAACUCCGUUCACCGAAUCAUCAACCAUGAACAUUUUAACACAGAAACCAAUGACAAUGACAUCGCUCUCCUAAAGCUCAAUUCACCACUGAGUUUUACAAGUAGAGUGAAACCAGUGUGUCUCCCCAACUUUGGUAUGGCGUUCUCAGCAGGAAGUCCAGCAUGGAUCACAGGAUGGGGAACUGUAAGAUCCGGUGGGCCAUCACCUGACACACUAAAUCAAGCAGAGGUGACCAUUUACAGCAGAGAGACCUGUAAUGCACCUCAGGUGUUAGAUGGGAUGCUCACUCAGUCCAUGAUCUGUGCAGGCAAACUGGAGGGAGGAGUGGACAGCUGCCAGGGUGACAGCGGAGGGCCCCUGGUAGUUAAAGUAGGAAAUGUUUGGUGGCUGGCAGGGGACACUAGCUGGGGGAUUGGAUGUGCUUGGAGAAACAGGCCAGGGGUCUACGGCAAUGUAACCUACUUUAUCAACUGGAUAUAUGAACAAAUGCAGCACGAGUGACGGAGACGGCGGUGUUCUUAUCUGAUCACACAAUUUGCACUUUGAAUCUGAAGCUUCAAGGCAACUUACUAAUCAGGAAGAUUUUUUUACUGUACCAAAAGGAAAAACUAAUUAAUGUCAUUAUUUUUUUAUACUUGAAUUUCAAAAUGUAUUUAAUGUAUGUAUUGGAAGAAAAUCAAUCAUUCUAUUUGUUCAAAUAAAGCUAAUUGUAUUUAAACAGA